AUGAGCAUCGACCUCGACACUGUCCAGGGCCACCGUAUUCUCAAUGGCAUCUUGAAGCACGCCGAUCUACGUACCGUUCUUGCUAUCAGCGCGACCUCAAAACGUUUCCGCUCUUGGAUUCUGGAACAACUCUUCAGCCAUGUUCUAGUAUCCGCAUCGCAGUCCGGGAACCCCGUGCUGGCACUCAGUGUUCCCGCCAAAGGUGACAACGCACUGUUCAUCACCCGUCGCAGGUACACUGCGCCGGGAGUAUGGCCUCCACACGUCUGGGGCAGCCUCCACACACUCGAUCUCGACCUGCGUCACUGUCGCGAGGAGAACUGGGCCCCUCUAACAGAAGCCCUAACUCGUUUCGAUCGCGCCCCCAACAUCCUGCGUCGUAUGGGACAGAAGGCCAUGACCGUCGACUGGGGUAUCCACUCCGACUAUGUGGUGGACUUUAACGAUGAGACUGUCGACAACUAUGGAACAACCAAGAUCUGCAUGUUGCCCACCGAGCGCCGCCAUUACCUCCACCUCGCCCUUGACCAGGGCGGGUCCGUUAACGGAAGCGGCCGGGUUAAACUCGAGUGGCCCGACUCCCUAGGGCUGCAUGCCUUCAAGGUUAUCAUCUGGCCUUACGAGUCAGGCGGACAAGUCACAUACUGCGACGAACUGUGGUCAGCACUGGAUGGCUUGGUCGAUGUGGUGCUGCGUCACUGUCCGCUAUACAUCGUCGGGCUUGAGCGCUUCGACCCCGAGGCGGUAGUCUCUACAACACGGGAGCGGGCGUAUGGGACAGCCAGGCAGCCGUUCGAGACACGUUUCUUGAAGAAACUCCGCUCACGCUGGGCGACAAAGCUCACGGCGUACCAAUAUCGCCGGGGGGACUGGUCUGAUGUGGAGGACCCCAUGCGUUGGGUGACCUGCCCCAACUGGCACCAUUUCGAAGGAGAAGAAGAGUCGUCAACCGUGGGCCUAUCGAUCGGCACUGUUGAACAUUGGGAGGACAGUCUAGCAUUGUCGUCCUGGAUCGUGAUCACCGAGACGGGUGGUUGA